CCGAAAAGCGGGAAAAUUUGAUCUUCGAAAAUAACAACAACACGCGAGUCACGUCAACUAGCUCUAAGUUAGACCCUAACUUAGACGUCUACUAGAGAUCUAUUUCUAAAAUUGCCCAACCAACUGAACCGAGUUUGCUGAGAUUACAAUAUUUGUAAUACCUUACUGGAGCCAUGCCGAGACACAGAUGGCACAAACCAAAGUCCUGGUAUUCACCAGAACCAUGGGACUCAAAUUAUCAGAAAAAGAAGAAACAGACGCCAAAUAAGAAACAGACGACGAAGAAGAAGCGUAGCCAUGGCAACCGUUAUUCUCUAACCGAGGCUCUCUCACUGACGAUGGAUUAUUUGAGUCAGUCAACAUGGGAUGAUGGAAUAGAUGAUCAUGAUCUUCUUGGAUUGGAUCUUCCCAUAGUAACGUCGCAGGCUGGUAUUGAUGAUGUCUUCCUGGGUAUGGUUCCUGGUAAUAUUGUGGGUCUACAGUAUUAUUCUGGCACGGUCAGUAAUCAUGAGAUGGUGUCACUUGUUCGGGAGCCUCUUAACAGAUACGAUAAGAAUGCUGUGAAGGUAGAGAACGCGUCGGGUCGUCAAGUAGGACACAUCAAGAGAGGGUUAGCUGAAGUGUUAUCAUACAUCGUGGACAACAACUAUGCUAGGAUUGAAGGUGUUGUGCCUAGGGGCAAUAUGAACACAUACAGUAUGCCUGUGGAUAUCUCCCUGUAUGGACCCCGAUGUAACCAAACAGUAGUCCUUCAGAGACUACGAAGUAGAGGCCACCCUGUGUCCAUGGUAGAGAAGAGGGCAGGCCUGCUCAACACACCCUCACAGUCUAAGAGCAAGAAAUCUUCCACCUACAAUCCUAGAAGUGCCCUGGGCAAGUCGGUGAUGCUGUCAGAGACAGAGAUGAAGAAUGAAGUGGAUACCCUUUUUGACAAUCUCAAAUCUCUGGACAAAACUACAGAGCAAGAACCAAGCAAGUGUAUUAUUAGAAAAAUGUACCCACAUCAAAAGCAAGCCCUCCAUUGGAUGUUAGCCAGAGAGAGUAACGAUAAGCUACCGACAUUCUGGGAUAAAACACCAUCUGGUCUGUACCACAACUCACUAACCAACUUCACGAGUGCCAAGCGACCUGACAGUGUGCGUGGUGGUAUACUGGCCGAUGAGAUGGGAUUAGGGAAGACUCUGACUGUCAUAGCACUUGUCCUACAUGACUUUGCAAAGCCAGAGUUUAGUGACCUCCCUCCAUCUUUACCGAGCUUACCUGAGGAAGAUGAGGUGGAUUGCAACGAGCCUUCGACGAGUCAAGUUAAGCAGGAAGUUAAAGAUGAAGUGGUGAUGAUCAUGGAUUCUCAGGAGUUGCCCACCAUUUCUGAGGAGGUGAUUGUGAUAGAGGAUGACAGUCAGAACUCCAACAAUAACACCACCAUUGUGAUCAAAGAUGAUUCACCUCCUAUCCCAUGUUCCUCAAGCACUACAUCAGUUACAGCUACUGGUAGACCCAAGAGGGCAAGUGCUGCCAAAGUAAAGUUCAUAUUCAAUGAUGAUUCAGAUGACAAUCCAUCCCCUGAAAAGAAAGCUAAAAGGAAGCCGGCCAAAAUGGCAGCAGGACCCAAGGUGAAAGGUCAAAGUAAACCAAAGGGUAAAGGAAAGGGCAAGAAGGCAACAGGAGGAGAUGUAUCCCAGAAACCACUGCCUGGACCUAGCCAACCAGUAGCCUUACUCCCUGGCCCAAGGCCGUCAAUCAACUCUGUACCUGGACCUAGCCAACCAGUAGCCUCACUCCCUGGCCCAAGCCCACCAAUCAACUCUGUACCUGGACCUAGUCUGCCAGUAGCCUCACUCCCUGGCCCAAGCCAACCAAUCAACUCUGUAACUGGACCUAGCCUGCCAGUAGACCCACUCUCUGGACCUAGUCCACCAAACAUCUCAGUGCCUGGCCCUAGUAAACCAAUGAGAGCUGAGGUUAAAGGUCAUCAUGGAGAUGGAGAUGCUGCCAAGCCCCGUGCAACUCUCAUACUGUGCCCACUAUCAGUUUUGUCAAAUUGGAUUGAUCAAUUCCGUGAACAUGUAGCAGAUGAACUGCAGGUGAAUGUAUGUCUCUACUAUGGAGCAGAGAAGAAGAAAUUGAAGGCUGAUUAUCUCAAACAACAAGAUGUUGUCAUCACUACAUACAGUACUGUGGCUGCAGAGUUUAAAGCAAAGCAGGAGAAGGCUACCCUUCAGACGAUUGAAUGGCGUCGUAUCGUGCUGGAUGAAGGUCAUACAAUCCGUAACCAUGGUACCCUACAAACACAAGCAGCUCAUGCUCUCAAAGCACAAUGCAAAUGGGCUUUAACAGGUACUCCGAUCCAGAACAGUAUUAAAGACCUGUGGUCUCUGGUAGCAUUCCUUGGUGUGGAACCAUUCAAAUCAACCCAUACUUGGUGGCAGAGGAUCAUAACCAGACCCAUUGCUAACAAUGACUCUGCAGGUAUAGAUCGAGUUCGUAAGUUGAUGGACACCCUUGCUCUGCGUCGUAUGAAGUCCCAGAAGGUGAAUGGUAAACCCUUGGUGGAUCUACCUGCCCGUAACGUUGUACUUCAAUAUGUAGACUUCUCAGAGGAUGAGAAGAAGGUCUAUAAGACCAUGGAGAAAGAUGGCAGACUUGCUGUUAGCAAAUAUUUUCAGCAAGGCAGUGUUCUAAAUCACUAUGGUGAUAUUCUAGCCAUCCUUAUGAGACUGAGACAGCUGUGUUGUCAUCCAGCAUUAUGUGCUAAGGCCGCUGCUAACCUAUGUCAAGCUAUUGAUGGCAAUGAAAGGACAGAUGAAGAAAAAGCUCAGUUGGUAGCAACCUUGGUAUCAUUCCUCAGUCAAGGAGCAGAUGAGGAGUGUUGCAUCUGCCUGGAUUCAAUAGAAGAUCCUGUGAUCACAAGAUGUGCCCAUGUCUUUUGUCAGAGAUGUAUUGGAGAGGUCAUCAACGCGGAGAAGGAGCGUGCUUGCUGCCCUCUGUGCCGACAAGCAGUAAGCAGAGAUUCACUGGUCCAUGUUCCGAAGGAUAGAUCAGAUACUGAGAAUGAAGACACUGAAAGAGAGUGGCAUUCUAGUGCUAAGGUUGAUGCUCUUAUGGAGUGCUUGCUGACUGAGAGGGCAGCAGACAAGACGACCAAGAGUAUUGUUGUUUCUCAGUUCACCUCAUUUCUUGACUUGCUGAAGAAACCUCUCACUGAGAAAGGUUUCAAGUUCUGCCGUCUUGACGGUUCAAUGUCGAGGAUUGCCCGUACGGCAGCAAUAAGAGAGUUUAGCAGCAAUGAUCCAGAUUCCCCUCAAAUCUUCUUGCUAUCUCUCAAGGCUGGAGGAGUCGGACUGAACCUGACUGCAGCUUCUAGGCUAUAUCUACUAGACCCUGCGUGGAACCCCGCAUGUGAAGAGCAGUGCUUUGACCGAUGUCAUCGUCUAGGUCAGACCAAAGAUGUCACCAUUACAAAGUUCUUGGUGCGUGACAGCGUAGAGGAAGCCAUGCUGGAACUACAGGAAACCAAAAGACAGCUCAUGAAGAAUGUGUUUGGCGGCAAGAACCAAACACCGGAAGAGAGGAGGAUGAACAGAGUCAGGGAUGUCAAGAUACUCAUGGGAAUGAACAAGGACAAACCGUAGAUCCCCGCAAGAAAAAGGAUGAACGGGAGGAAUUGUGCUGGUAGUGUGAGAAAACAGUGGAUGAGAGAGGAAUUAUGAUGGUCAUGGGGUAGAAUGACAUGUAGAUUUUAAGAGAAGGGUCAAAAGACGAGAACUUUGACAGCAAUAUGAGGAAUAGAACAGUACAUUGCUAGAGCAGGUAUGAAAGAGGGACAGUACUGUGGCUGACAAAUCCUGCCCAUGAGUACCGUAGUGUUGAUAAAUGUUUAUGGACUGAAAAUGGCUAUUUGUUUAAGACUUGCUACCCCAAUCAGGGAACCCAGGACAUCAUAUUAGAGGUGACACCCACAAUGUUCUUCAAGAAAACCUUGAUAGGCUUUCAAAGAUAAGCUCAUCAACUGAUUCCUGAUUUAAUAUGUACAAAAACAGUCACUCAUCUACAAAUUCCUUCCAUUCAUGGUUAUAUGGCAGCUGAUUUUCUGUACCUGAAUUUUUUUUUGUUGUUGACUUUGUUGGUACCUGAUACAAACCGUUGCCUUGUUGUAAUUACAUGUAAUACUGUGUGGGAAAAAUGUAUGUAUUGGUUGGAGGACCAAUUUUACUGCCAUGUCUAAAGCUGUAGUGCCAUUCGAUACUUCAUUUGAGAGGGCAAAACCUUUACAGUCAUAGCUACCUGAGAGAGAAAGUUGCGUCACUGGUAGUGGCUUCUGAUUGGUUAGCCAUUUCAUGAAGCUCCAAAAUAGUUCCCUCCCAUAGAGAUUGUACAUGGGAGGAAACUAUCCAGAGCUCUACGACCCAUCUCGCCUGUGCGUAGAUGCGUGUGUCACAACUUUCUCUCUCAAUGCGCUAUGUCUAGAGUGAGUGCAACUUAUGGCAUUUAACUUGCCUACCAAAGAUUUUCUUAAAUGAUGUGAGUCUUCCAUCACUGAUCCAAGUAUUCUAAAUAGACUUUGUGUUCUCUUUGUACAUACAUUAACAUGUAGCUUAGGUAAAAUCUAUGGCUGUGCCAAAGUAGAUAUUUUUUUUUUAAGGACAUUUUUUUUCUAAGGACGUAUUUAUCAAGAAACAUUUCCAGUACUUCUCUUGUUUGCAUCUAUACACAGAGCAAAGUAAUUGCUACUCCGUAUGUAUGUACAGAUGAAACAUCUCUGUAGAUGAUUUCUAGUUCUGAUGCAAGAACUGUGUAGGUUCGAAACAUAAACAAGUGCCGGUAGUUCUUUUUUGUGAACUCAAACAAGACUUUUCUGGUUAUUCAACCAAUAUUGUUUAGAUGUAUACUGGUUUUAUUGAUGCAGUAUUAAACCCCUUUACUAAAGAUUUGUUUUAUGGGAUCUUAUUUUAUCCUAAGCAGCCGAUAAGUUGAACCCUAACCAUUGUAUUGUAGCUACCGGUAUAUGUUGUGCUGCCUUAAAACAGCGUAGUUUGCUGAUAUCUGAUAUUUUAUUUCUUGCCAUUCUGUUGUUUUACAGUGACUAUCUAGCGUAUUGUACAGACCUAACUUUUUACCAUGUAUUUGGAUACCUGUUGUUGCUUGUAUACCAGUUAUAUUGUAUAAGGUUUUAUUGAUGCAGUAUUAAAACCCAUACUUAAGGUUCAUUUGCAGCUACAUGUUUUGGUUCAUUAUACAGAACUUUUUUUAUUGAAUGGUCGACUGCAUUGUGCAUACAUUUGUUUUUAUAUUUGAUGAAGACAUCAACUUUUUUUGGAAAUAAUAAUAUCAUACUAUUCAGUUGUUUCACAAUGAAUAUCCAUUGUAUUGUACAGUUUUAUACCACAAUCUGAACAUUAGUUGUUGCUUUUAGGAAUUAUUGGAUUACGAACAUCCACAGAAUUUUUUAUAUUUUGGGGUAUUUGCAGUCCACAAUUUAUUCCACUAGACUUCGACAACAUACAAUUAACUACUAAAUUAUUCAUACCCCUUGAUGUCUGUUGUGUUUUGAUUAACUCAAUAAUGAAAGAUUGACUGGUUGAUUUAGGGCCUUUGUUGAAUACUGUUAGUUGUAAGCUUUAAUAUGUUAAAUUCUCAAGAAACACAAAUUGGGGGGAAAUCAUUUUUUUCACUUACAGUACUUAAAAAAUUACAAAAAUUUAGAAGGUUAUGGAAUGGAUGAUUAAGUUGUUAACUGUGAAUUCAUCAUAGAUUCUUCCACAAUAAGAUUGAUUUCAUAGUGAUUUUUUGAAAACUAUCAAUAUCCCGAUUCCAAACUUUAGUUAUAUUAUAAGCUCAUCAUUUGCAGUUUCAAAGUCGAGAAAACACAAUUUUUUUUUUGUCUUGCUUUUCUAGAUGUUUCAAUCGAAUGAGAAAAAAAAAGUAAUUCAAGAACGAUACUCCCGUCUUAUUACCUGUAUUUAGGUUGGGUCAUUAUGUUUUUGCAUUCUCAGUUUAUUUGUUGUUAAAAGCAAUUGUUUUCAUGUCUAUGGUAUUAAAUUAAUACAUACAUACAGAAAA